GUAUAAUAUGCACGCUCCAAAUCUUCUAUCUUCUUCCAUGGCUCUCUCCUCAAACUUGGUUUCUUUUCUCUUCUUCACAAUACUUCUCUUGUCGUCUCUGCAAAUCCAAGCCAGAGACAGUCAGUUCUUCAGCAAAGUCACACAUCCCGUUAUCGACAAGAAUAAUGGUGAAGAAACCGAGCUCCCCAACGAAAAAGAAGAACCUGUGAUGAUGAACAAGCCAGAUCAGCAAGAGCCCGUCUUCAUUCCUGAGAUUGAUAACAACUAUGGCCUCUAUGGCCACGAGUCCGCCGGUCCGACCACUACCACCACCACAUACCAGCCUUACAAGACUGAGUCUGAGGAGGAGUACAUGAGAAAGUAUCCAAACAAGUACUCGUACUAUAACAGAGACCAGAACGAUUUCAUCAACAACAACAAUAAUAACUACUACAAGGAUGCCUAUGGUAAUGAUCUGGACAAGAAAAGGUACACAGGAGGAGGAUACGAGAAUAUGUCGAGUAAUCAGAUGAGGAAGAACCAGAAGCUCUACAACGGCAACAAUGGCGGAUAUGAUCAUAGGUAUCGUCAGUAUAACGGUGAGAGGCAAGGAAUGAGUGAUACAAGGUUUAUGGAAGGUGGGAAAUACUACUAUGAGAACAAUAACUCCAUGCAAGGAUAUCAGAACCAGCUGGGGCUUGAGGGUAAUAAUAACAUAGAUGAGUUUCAGCCUUGAUCUAAUUAGAUCAGUGAUACGUUAGAGGAUAGGGUUAAUUUAUGAUGGUUUCUUUAGUUAAAUUCUACUAAAGCAUACAUUUUGGGUUUACCUAGUUCCUGUCAUAUUCAUGAUAUGGAAAAGUUAUGAAGUACGAGAGCUUGUGUGUAGCUUCUGUUAGAGCUAUCAGUGAAGUCGAUAAUGCCAAGUUAAGCUUGCUUAUUAUUUGUUCCAUAGAUGUGUGUGUGUGUGUAAAACUUUCUUUGCGGGUUUGUGUCGCUCUUUUCAAAUUAAUUAACCUAAUAAUGCCAAUGAAAAACAAUAUGGUGAAGAGGAAGGAGAGAUAUAAUACUGCCCUCUGGUCCUAUAUAUGAGAAUUUUUAAGGAAUGACAUCUUCUUCUUUGCAAGAGAUAUGUAUAGCCAACUUUUUAAUUUAUGUGAUUUGGUUA